GGGAGUUUCGGUCGGAAUAUGCAAAGCAAGCAGGAGUGUAGCUGUUCAUGUGAGUGUUUCGGGCAAUUAACGCUAUUUUGAGUAGUUUUCUGUUGCAUCGUAACGCGACUCUGUGGGCAAACAAACUCGCUUCUGUUGUCUAUUCAGUGUGGACUUGACUGUGUGGUUUUGCUAUAGCCGACGCGCUUCGGUCUAGAAGACGCGUUUGGGAGGUCGGACCUGCUGCGGGGAUCCAGACGGGAAGACGCGUUGUAUUGUCAUACAGAGAAACAGCUACAAAAGCUCAAGAAUAAUGUCAACCAAAGCACCCAUGAAGACAGAAUCUUUCUGGAGGACAACACUUCGACUUACCUUGUGUACUGAGGCAAAGCCGAAACUCUUUAAGGUGGCCGAUCAAAGCGUGCCCACACGGAGGAAGGAGAUCGACACGUCGGCUCACCCAUGAAGACCUCCUGAGCAAGCAGUCUGGACUCUCCUUAGUGGGGGAUGGAAACAGCAGGCCGGUCCAGCACACCUCCUCGACUCUGUGAGUGUGGUGGAUACCUGUCAGGAGGUAACUAAGCUCAGAGGCCAGACUUACGCCCGCUCCUGGUCUCACCUUGCUGUCUUCAGUGAGUCAAGGAUGGGAUGUGCGACAGUUUCACCAGUGCCUGCAUGUGGCGCCCGAGAGAGGGGGGCGGUGGUCCUCUGGCUGCUCCUAGCUUCCUCUCUGUUUGUGUGCAACUCUGCCAUUCUUGUGGACUCAGCAGAGAGUCACAGCACGUUCACCUGUGAGCCCAUUGGUCUACGCAUGUGCCAGAAUCUUCCUUACAACAUCACCUUCAUGCCCAACCUGCUGGAGCACUACGACCAGCAGACAGCUGCCCUGGCCAUGGAGCCGUUCCAUCCCAUGGUGAAGCUGCAGUGCUCUCCAGCCCUGCGGCCCUUCCUGUGCUCCCUCUAUGCCCCCGUGUGUGCUGAGUAUGGCCGCGUGGCCUUGCCUUGCCGUGCGCUCUGCACACACUCCAGGAGGGACUGCCAGAAGCUCAUGGACAUGUUCGGUGUGUCCUGGCCUGAGGAGAUGGACUGCAACAGAUUUCCGGACUGUGACGAGCCAUACCCUCGUGCUGAGGACCUGCUGACCAAUACGAACACCACGGACCACUCGACUAAAGCUGUGCAGCGGGACUACGGCUUCUGGUGCCCCCGCGAGCUGAAGGUGGACCCAGAGCUGGGCUACUCGUUCCUGGGCGUGCGCGACUGCUCGCCCCCCUGCCCCAACAUGUACUUCCGCCGCGAGGAGCUCACCUUCGCCCGCUACUUCAUCGGGGUGGUCUCCAUCGUCUGCCUGUCCGCCACCCUCUUCACCUUCCUCACCUUCCUCAUCGACGUGACGCGCUUCCGCUACCCCGAGCGGCCCAUCAUCUUCUACGCCGUGUGCUACAUGAUGGUGUCACUGGUGUUCUUCCUGGGCUUCCUACUGGAGGACGGCGUGGCGUGCAACGCGGCCAGCCCCGCCCAAUUCAAAGCCUCCACCAUCACGCAGGGCUCGCACAACAAGGCCUGCACGCUGCUCUUCAUGACCCUCUACUUCUUCACCAUGGCGGGCAGCGUCUGGUGGGUGGUGCUCACCAUCACCUGGUUCCUGGCCGCCGUGCCCAAGUGGGGCAGCGAGGCCAUUGAGAAGAAGGCGCUGCUGUUCCAUGCCAGUGCCUGGGGCGUGCCGGGCGUGCUCACCGUGGCCCUGCUGGCCAUGAACAAGAUCGAAGGCGACAACAUCAGCGGUGUGUGCUUCGUGGGGCUGUACGACGUGCACACGCUGCGCUGGUUCCUGCUGGCACCCCUCUGCAUGGACGUGCUGCUCGGGGUGGCCCUGCUGCUGGCCGGCAUCAUGGCUUUGAACCGCGUCCGCAUGGAGAUCCCCCUGGAGAAGGAGAACCAGGACAAGCUCGUGAAGUUCAUGAUCCGCAUUGGCGUGUUCUCCAUCCUCUACCUGGUGCCCCUGCUGACGGUAGUGGGGUGUUACCUGUACGAGCAAGCCUACCGCUCGGUGUGGGAGACCACCUGGGUGCAGGAGCGCUGCAGGGAAUACCAUAUCCCCUGCCCUUACCAGGUGGAGCAGGCCAGCAGGCCUGACCUGGUUCUCUUCCUGAUGAAGUACCUGAUGGUGCUGGUUGUUGGUAUCCCUUCUGUUUUCUGGGUGGGCAGUAAGAAGACCUGUUUCGAGUGGGCCAGUUUUUUUCACGGUCGCAGACGCAAAGACGUGGUAAACGAGAGUCGCCAGGUGCUGCAGGAGCCCGACUUCGCUCAGUGUCUGCUGCGUGACCCCAACACGCCCAUUGUCCGCAAAUCGCGCGGCACCUCCACGCAGGGCACCUCCACCCAUGCCUCUUCCACCCACCUGGCCAUGCUGGAUGACGUGCGCAGUGUCCACAGCAAGAUGAGCAGCUACCAUGGCAGCUUGCACCGAUCUCCUGACGGCAGGUACACUCCGACCAGCCACAGAGGCACGGAGGAACGACCACCGUACGGGAGCAUGCCCCGCCUUACUGAGCAGUUAUCUCGUCACAGCAGCCUCCACCAGCUCGACAGCCAGUCACAGCACGGCAGUGCGCGGGACUUGGCCAAUCCUCUGCCCACCAACAUAACGCAUGGCUCCAGUAUGAACCACAUGGAGGAGCAGGAUGGAGCAAGCGCGUAAUUCCUACAGACGACUGUUUCCAGACACUGUUUACACUGGCCUCGUUGUCCACUCAGGGCUUGGACCUGAACUCUUGUACUGUAUGCUUUUGGAAGAAGAGAUUCCCGGCUCUGUAUGAGCAGAAGACCUCACCCAUCCAGGUGCGCCAUAGGUGUGGUUUACACACACAGGAUCAUCAUCCUAGGAGAUAUGAUGCUGGUCUGGCCACUGCCUCAGGCUUCAGACUGCUAAUGGUCUGCGAUACACCUGUGUAAGAGCAGACGGAUACUGUGAUGGGAGUGAGUAGAAACUGACUCAGCAAUGGGACUCUGCCCCCUGCUGAGUGACUGCAGUGUGGCAGUAGGGUCAAGCCAUCCUCACAGCAGAUACAGAACCAGCUCCUCUCGGUUUUCUGCGAGUCCUUACACCCAAAGCCAAGGGCAGAAAAAAGAAAUAGGAAAAUUUUGGUCAAGGGUACUGUCCACCUUGGCAGCUAUGUGCCUCUGGCAAGUGACUGCAUGUAUUCCUCUGUGCUUGUUGGUAGAGUGGACAGAUAGAGAGUGGGCAUGCCCAUAUGAUGCAUCCCAUUUGUGUAUGCUGUGUGUGUAUGUUGAACUGCAGCUCUCCAGUAAACCUCCCCACCAGUGGCUGUGUAGUUGUGUUCCCCCACAGCCCCUGCUGUGACCUACCUCGUCAGCUCAGAGCGCCCACGUACGCCUUUUCUCAGUGGACUUACCGCUGUGUUCGGUUUCGCUAGCCUGAAACUCUCUCUCUUCUUCUGCCCGCAGCAAUCUAUAUGCAAAAAGCUUUGGAACCUGAACUUCUGCCUGAGAUUUUUGGUGGUCACUUCAGAAUGCUAUGUGCGCUCCUAGUGCAGGAUUGUAUUUGUGGUACACUCUAAACCUGUUUGUUCUUCUUCCAGAUGCUUAUCUGGGACACAAAUUUCAUACAAAUUGAGCUAUUUAUAUCAAGUUAAAUAAUCAACAUUUUCUAAUGAGCUGCACCAAGUCAAGCAUUCGUAAAGAUUAAGCAGCUUAACCCAGAAGCUGGGGAAACUGUCCUGAAUGGUUUUUUUUUCUUGCUUGUUGAAAAAGAGAUUUAACUUUGUGGUUUUCAGUGCCUGAAAAUGUGACUGUGGACCUGAGCUUUGUAAAAUGGCCAUGUUCAACAUGUUCAACAGCUAACGCUUCUACAGUAUCUUUGCCUUUAGUCUCCAAAGUACUCAAGCUUCAUGGUGAACUCAUUUGUCUAUGUUGUACAGAUGGCAAUUUGUGUAGAGGGAAAAAGAUUUAGCACUUUAAAAAGUGGCUAGCUAUAAUGUUGAAUGUGUAGAUGCUUUUUUGUUCUAGAGUCACAAGAUUAUCAAAUUUCUAUGAAGAAAUGAACAUUGCUAGUUAAUUUUAAAGCCCUAAUAUUUGUCAUAUAUGCCUUUUUUUCUAGUUUAUUAACAUAAGCUGUUAAAACUAAAUGCAUCGACAUUCAUGAGUAAAAAUUCGGUUUUGUAACAGCUCCCCAUUUUAUUGAAAUACAUCAGUCACGUUAUGAGUUGUCAAUGUGAACAGAAUGGUGGCUAAUUAAAUAAACUCCAUGACAUUCCACUUUAAAUAAGCAUGUGGAAAAAAAAGGUAGUGGGGUCAUCCUCUUGUUUACAUCCCAAACUUCCACACCACACAGAUCAAUAGAAUAUGCUAAAACAAAAAAGUGGCAAAAUCCAGCCUUAACAUUUAAAACAAGUGAACAAGUGAUUACACCCUUGACAUGCCAAACUGUACAUAUUCUUACAAAAAAACAAACCAAAAAAAAAAAAACCACCUCAUUGUCUAGAAAAUAUAAUGAAUGAUAUGAAGUAGUAGUUAACAAACAAGGCAGAGUAAACCCUCACUGAAAUGCAGGUGUUUUAGCUGUCAAUUAUCUCUCAGUUCUGCUCUAAAUCUAAUCCACGUAGCUCUCUACAUGGCCCAGCGUUUUUCAGGUUGAGUUCAACUAAGGCACCCCCUCUAAUGUUGGCCUCUACAUGGCUAAAUAACAGUCCUAAAAUAAGCCCAGCAACAGGCCCAGCAGUCUCUGAGCCCAAGGCCACGUCUGAGGUCUCCUCUCCCUCACUAGUCCUCAAUAUAAUAAAAUAGAUCAUUGGUUCUAACAUACCUGAGUUAACAUCUCAAGACAGGUCUCCUGUUAUGUUAUACCAUAAUCCUGGUAUAAACAUUCCACCCAUCAUAGCCCAAAUUCCCCAAAAACACUCUGCAUGAAGCUUACAUUAUGGAGUAUGGUCAUUUAAAUUCAGUGGAAAUAAAUGUGGCAGUGUCAUACCACAAA